AUGAGUCUUUCGAACGCCGUCGCGGGCAAGACCCUCUGUACGCCCACGAGCUAUCCGCCGCAGCCACAAGCUGUUUCGACGACUUCAAGCUUCGAAUCCUCCCGUCGUCCAAGUCAACCAGGCCCUUCUGCACAUCCUACCCCCAGAAAGGGACAGGCCUCUCGAAAACAACACAAGAAUCAACGUAGGCCUGGUGCAGAUCAAAGGAAUCACAGCAACCCUGAUGAGUAUGACGCCAUGGCUGAGCUCCGAGCUGUGCGGAACCCAUCGAGCAGGAGAGGCCAGACUUCAAUCACCCAUCUCCUAAACUACACGAGCCCCCGACACCUCCAAGACCAUAGCUACCACCCGAGGUCAUACCGCAGAAAUCCUAACUGGGGUCCUGGAUCCGGUCAUCACGCCACUGAUAAAUCGAGAUAUGUGCAUUCUAAUUACCGCUUUGUAGUCUCUCCGGAAGGAAUCUACACGAAGCAUGAAGUCGACGCCGACGUCUUCUUGGACUGGGAAGACGUUUUGCAGGUUAUUGCCUCCUCGGAAUCACAGACAGCUUCUUGCCCAAUUUGCCUGUCAGAUCCCGUUGCUCCUCGUAUGGCCAAAUGUGGGCACAUUUUCUGUCUUCCUUGCAUAAUUCGAUUUAUGCACUCGAACAUUGAUGACGCAAAAUCAGCAAAGGGGUCUCGGUGGAAGAAAUGCCCCAUCUGCGAGGACAUAAUGUAUCUCCACGAGGUAAAACCUGUGCGGUUCUACGCGGGACAGGAGAGUCCUCUACCUCGAGUGGGUGAUGAUGUCGUACUACGACUCAUGGCAAGGAAAGCAGAUUCUACGUUGGCCCUGCCACGAGAGGGUGGUGCAGAGGUUCUCAACUCGGGAGAGGAUGUGCCAUGGCACUUUGCGGCCAAUGUCCUGGACUACUCCAGAAUCAUGAAGGGUACUGCAGAGUACAUGGCCACCCAGUAUCAUGAAGAGAUUGCCGCUUUGUUGAAACAGGAGAAGGAGGACGAGACGCUCUUUGGCUCAGACCCGGAGUGGACUCGGAAAGCCAGAGACGCUGUUGAGACAGCAAAGAAAAGAACUGACGCUUUGAAAUCACCAGACGGCAGUGUUUUACUUUCACGUCUAGGCUCUCCAGUAGCGAAGCCAUCCUCACAUGCCGACUUCUAUUUCUACGGCGCGCCGCCACAUUUGUAUUUGUCACCGCUCGAUAUUCGGAUCUUAAAGGCCAAGUAUGGGUCGUUUGCCGCUUUCCCGUCAACGCUGCUGCCUCGCGUGGAGCACAUCUCUACGGGACAUGUGGUUGAUGAGGUGCUUCGGAAGCGGACAAAGUAUCUGGCACAUCUCCCACAAGGCUGCAUCAUCAGUUUCCUGGAGUGUGACUGGACAGACAUUGUGUCUGCAGAAAUAUUAGAGUCAUUUGCCGGCGAUAUUGAAAAGAGAAGGAAGAGAAACAGAGAGAAGGCGGCUCGAGAAGAGCGUGAGAGGCUCCAGUCUGAACGUCUCGAGGCGGCAGCUCUCCGCGGCGCACUCGGAGUCACUGCUCGCAGGCAUACCGCAUUGGAAUCCGUAGAAGAAGAUCAUUCCCCUGCUUUGGAUAUGUCUGAGUUUCAACCGCUGACCGGCCAAUCUGGCAUGACACCGCCCGAUCCGCGCCCAGGUUUCGAGACCCUUGCCUCGAUGUCUACCAGCCCAUCAACGCAACGGACUGUCUGGGGAACGCGGGUCGUGCCGGCAUCUCCCAAUCUAGCGCCUACCACGCCUGCUGUGGAUGACGGGUGGCUUAGAGAUGAAGAAUUUCUAGGCACGACUGACCUGGCGAUGCAGAUUGAGGCGAUUGAAGCUAUGGAAGGCGUCAAGGGUGGCGAUGCAAGUACUGCGGCUACCGUCGGUGAAGGCGGAGCCGGAGCCGGAGCCGGCAAGAAGAAAAAGAAGAAACAAAAGAUCACACUCAUGAGUACAGGAGGCCGAAGAGGGCAGUGA